AUGGGCCGGAAAUAUCGUAACCCGCUUAUCAACCCGCUACACUACGCCACAACACAGCUGCACACUGGACCCCCUGUCACAUACGCGGCUGCCCAGCGAGGUCUUACCAGCUAUGAUUAUGUAAUCGUCGGCGCCGGCGCAGCAGGCUGUGUCCUCGCCAACAAACUCUCCGAGGACAAAAACGUCUCUGUCCUGCUUCUCGAAGCUGGCGGCGACAACACCAAAGUCUUUGAAUCCAAAGAUCCCAUCCUCUUCGCCAAACUCCUCCACUCCCAACAUGACUGGGACUACUAUACAGUCGAGCAGCCCAGCCUGGCAAACCGCUCCCUCUACUGGCCCCGAGGCAAAAUCCUCGGCGGCUCCUCCUCCCUCAGCGCAAUGAUGUACCACCACGCCUCCAAAUCCGACUUUGACGAGAGGGCUGCUACCCACGGCUGCAAGGGCUGGAGCUACUCUGAUCUGGCCCCGUUCCUCCAAGCGUGCAAUGUCCGUGUGACUCGUGUACUGUUCGAUCAAAUCACUACCAAGGAGCCGACGGCAAUUGGAGUUGAAUUUCAAACUAGCCGUAGAGGUGAUCGCUUCGAGGUCCACGCAAGGCGAGAGGUUAUUCUCUCUGGAGGAGCUGUCAACACCCCGCAAACACUUCUACUGAGUGGUAUCGGUCCGGCCGAUACGCUGAAAGCUCAUGGGAUCCCUAUAAUUCGAGAGGGGGAGGCCGUUAGUCGCAAUCUGAAAGACCACUUGUGCACCACACCCGUCCUCGUCAAAGCCAAGGACGGCCUUACCCUGGACUACUUAGCUAACGAGGCUAGGGCCAUUCUAGCUCUGGCACGCUGGAUGCUAACGGGUAGUGACCCGCUAUCCAGCAAUGCCGGCGAGGCAGCUGCCUGCAUCCGAUCCACGGACUACCACUUUCCCCAGACGGUGAAUACUCCUAACGACUUUACCUCUAGGAAAAACGCACCUGAUAUCGAGAUCAUUGGCGCCCCGCUAGCAUCCAUCCACCACGGCGAGGAGAAACCACUCGAUAACAGCAGCAUCUUCAGCAUUGCCCCAAUUGGUCUUCGCCCACAGAGCCACGGCACAGUCACCCUCAAGAGUCGCGAUGUCUUUGAUGCGCCAAUCAUCGACCCAAAAUACUUCACCGACAAAGGCGACAACGACCGCAGCGUCCUCCUCAUCGGCCUCCGCGUCUGCCUAGAUAUAAUCCAAAGCCCCGCUUUCAUAGAAUACUUUGAGCCCAUCCCCUCCAACGACGACCCAAGCUCAUACUGGUGGCCCGCCUCGAGCAGCAACAUCGAAAAGAUCACCGACGAGCAACUGCUGCGCUUCAUGGACGAAAAGGCCUUUACGCUGUAUCAUCCCGUUGGUUCGGCGCGUAUGGGUCCGUCACCUGCGACGAGCGUCGUCGAUUUGGAAUGUCGGGUGCAUGGGGUGAAGUGUCUUCGUAUUAUGGAUGCUAGUGUGUUCCCGGAACAUAUUAGUGGGCAUCCUACGGCGCCUAUUGCUGCUAUGGCGGCCAAGUUGAGUGCGAUGAUUAUUGAGCGGAUGGGGGAUGCUAGUCCUGUAGGGGCGAAUUUGUGA